CUCAUUUACCUAACGAGUGAUGUGUUAAAACGCAAAAUAUUGUCUAAAUGCUCACCCGUUUGUUGCUCUCUCCAAAAGCGCUGAAGAUUGGCACGACGUAUACACAGGGUUUUUUUCUGUGUCCACGAAAAUCUAAAUUUAACGACUGUGCGUUUCUUGGCGUUGAUGAAUUGAAGAUGGGAAACCAUUUUUUGGACAGACGGGCAAUAUCCCGCAUUUGUCCGUUCAUGCUUAGUUACGCUACAGUCUAUCUAUUUUUGUCAACACCCACUGCACUAGGUCACUUCUCCGUGCUUCUUGUAUUGGCUUAGCUCGCCCUCUCGCUCACCCCGACCGCGGCUACAUCCGGAUGUGAAGGUCUAAUCCGAGCAAAGCAGCAUUUUAUGCAAGGCAGGCUGGCCAAGCACUAGGGUGGAAACUGACCAGCUCUGUGCAGCACUCACGGGCCCGAUCUUGUUGGUUCGGAGUUU